AUGCAAGAAAGACCAGAAGCUGACGGUCACAGCAGCAGUCAAGCCACCAAGCCGCUCUACGAAAAAAAAAAGGAACAAGUUCAAGUUCGUUUUGUCACCAAGCAAGAAAAAUACGCCAUCAGCGAUGCAGCAAUUCUCGUACCUGCAAACUUCAAGCGUUAUGGUCUCUCUGAGAUCGUGAACAACUUACUUAACCAUGAAAAACCUACUCCUUUUGACUUCUUGAUCGAUGGCGAAAUCCUCCGCACCAGCAUUGCUGAUUACCUCUUCAGCAAAAGUCUCUCAACUGAAAAUAUUAUUACCAUUGAGUAUGUCGAGUCCAUGCUUCCUCCUACACCUCUUACAGCUUACCAGCACGAUGACUGGAUUAGCUCAGUAAAAGGUCGCAAUGGUCUGUUCUUAACCGGAUCCUACGACAACAACGUACGACUUUGGAAUACUUCGGGUGAAUGCAUUGCCACCUUGACUGGACAUUCCGACUCGGUCAAGAGUGUCGCAUUUGGAUCUGUUGAUAAUUCUCUCGUUCACGCAUACUCCGGAUCUCUCGAUUACAGCUUGCUCGGAUGGGAGUACUCUACUGAAAACGACACAUCGCGCAUUCGUUACGAGUGCAAGGGACACAAAGCUGCUAUUGAGUCCGUAGCCGUCGAUUCCACCAACACAUAUAUUGCAUCUGCAUCUGCAGACAGCACUAUCAAGGUUUGGUUAGCAGUAGAGCCAGUGGAAGAUGAGCCUGCUUUGGAGGAGUCUGCACCAAAGAAGAGAAAGAAGACUGAAAAGAAGAGCGAUAGAAAGAUUAAGACUAGAGCUAUGACACUUGAGGGACAUGUCGGCUCCGUGAAUUCUGUCGUAUUCGAUGGUAAUGAUUCAAACAUUGUAUACAGUGCAGGCUGGGAUCAUUCUAUUCGUUCAUGGGAUGUUGAGCAGCAGGUUAACUUGGUUACAAAGAACUGUGAAAAGGUCGUAUUGGAUGUAGACUACUCUUCCCACUCAAAGUUGGCUGCCACCGGUCAUGCUGAUAACAUCAUUCGUUUAUGGGAUCCUCGGUCAGACGACGGAACAAAUGUCAAAUUGGCACUUCGUGGCCACUCUGCCUGGGUAUCAUCAGUAUCUUGGUCCUCUACCUCCGAGUACACACUUUGCUCCGGUUCUUAUGAUUCCACUGUGCGUAUCUGGGAUAUCAGAAGCAAGGGCCCUCUUUACACUAUUGAGGCUGAAGACCCUUCAAAGAAAGAGAAGGUGUUUAGUGUUCAUUGGGAUGGUGAGAGAGUAUUGAGUGGUGGUGAGGAUAAGAAGCUUAGAUUAUAUCAGGCCAAGGUAUAG